AUUAACCUGGUCUUCAAGCAAACUGGGCCUCGAAUCCAUCCUUGAAUUUUAAGCAACAAAGGAUACUAUUUCUGCGAAACCUCAGGCCCUUUGUGAAUAAAUUCGAAAGCAAAUUGUCAGAUGAAGCGAAUCCAAGACACCGUGUUUGAAUCUUAUAUAUAUAUAUAUAUAUAUAUAUAACGAAGUUUUCAGUUCGUCAUCUCACAGCGAAUACAAGUUUACGUGAUCUCCCUGGUACGACUUGUUGACUUUUCUGUUCUUUAUCUCACUGUGUAUACAAGUUUCUGCUAUUGCUCUGUGUUCUUCAGUUACAGCACCUUCAUAAUAUCCUUCAUACAUAUUUCAGUUCUUAGACAUCAAAAAUAUAUUGUUCAGCUCUUAGUUCCUUAAAAAGAUCACUGCAUAUUUUGAGUUUAUUGCUUCUGAAGCAAUCAUGUCUACGCCCUUCGUCACCAAUAUGGAGCGUAUACAGACACUUUUGAAUGUCCCUCACAACCUUAGAAAACCCAAUAAAAAAUGGCAUUCGGCUUUUGUUAGCAUCUAUUGUUCUAGAGCUCUCUUCUCUCACUUCACAUCCAAUCUGCUCGCCACCACGAAGAACAAGAACGGGUCUAAGUUAUCACCUUCUUCCUCCGACAUUGUUAUCAAUGUAAACACAGAUCGUUCGUUCAGUGUUAGCCAAACCACCCUCUCAAAUCUCGUGAAGGGGAAAAAUUCUGAGACACUUCAGAGUCUUGGUGGGGUCAUUGGCGUGGUCUCUGCUCUAAAGACCAACAUAGAUUAUGGAGUCAAAGGUGGUGGUGGUGAUGAUGAAUCCAAUGACGUCAAUCGACGACGUGAAGCGUUUGGUUCCAACACUUACCCAAAACCACCUGCAAAAGGCUUCUUUCAUUUUGUGAUUGAAGGCUUCAAGGACCCCACCAUUCUCAUUCUCUUGGCUUGUGCUGCUCUGUCUCUUGGCUUCGGCAUCAAAGAGAAUGGAAUCAACGAAGGAUGGUACGACGGAGGAAGUAUCUUCGUUGCUGUUUUUCUCGUCAUUGCCGUGUCUUCCAUUAGUAACUUCAGACAGAACAGACAGUUCGACAAGCUAUCCCAGGUUAGCAAUAACAUCCAAGUCGAUGUUCUACGAAGUGGUCGGCGGCAACAAGUUUCUAUAUAUGACAUUGUGGUCGGCGAUGUUGUGUGGCUGAAAAUUGGAGAUCAAGUUCCUGCUGAUGGCUUAUUCUUGGAAGGCCAUUCUUUGCAAGUUGAUGAGUCAAGCAUGACAGGUGAGAGCGACCACGUUGAGAUUAACGGUGACAAAAACCCAUUUUUGUUCUCUGGCACGAAAGUGGCUGAUGGGUUCGCCAAAAUGCUCAUUACUUCUGUUGGUACGAACACGACAUGGGGUCAAAUGAUGUCUACAAUUAGCAGAGACAACAACGAAGAAACCCCCUUGCAAGCUCGCCUCGAUAAGCUUACUUCUGCUAUAGGCAAGGUUGGUUUGGCUGUAGCUUUUCUUGUUCUUGUUGUGCUAUUAGUCCGCUACUUCACAGGGAACACAACAGAUGAGAAUGGAAAUAAAGAGUUCAAUGGGAGCAGAACCAAGUUUGAUGACAUCAUCAAUGGAGUUGUGGGAAUUAUUGCUGCUGCAGUCACUAUAGUUGUUGUUGCGAUUCCAGAAGGGCUUCCUUUGGCCGUGACUUUGACAUUGGCUUAUUCCAUGAAGAAAAUGAUGGCUGACAUGGCUAUGGUGAGGAAGCUCUCUGCUUGCGAGACUAUGGGAUCUGCUACAACCAUUUGCACUGAUAAGACUGGGACUCUCACGCUCAAUCAGAUGAAGGUAACUAAGUUUUGGUUUGGGCAGCAACCAACGGAAGAGAAACCUCAUAAAUCAUCAAUCAAUUCAUAUGUUCUACAGUUGAUCCAAGAAGGAGUUGCCCUUAACACAACAGGUAGUGUUUACAAGUCUAAGUCAUCAACCGAUUUUGAAUAUGAGUUUUUAGGUAGUCCAACUGAGAAGGCUAUUUUAUCAUGGGCUAUUCAUGAUUUGGACAUGCACAUGGAGCAAUUCAUGCAAAAUUGCACCAUCCUUCAUGUGGAAGCUUUCAAUUCAAAGAAGAAAAGAAGUGGGGUUUUGAUUCAAAGGAAAGCAAAUAAUAAAAUUCAUGCACAUUGGAAAGGAGCAGCUGAGAUGGUACUCAAAUUGUGUUCGAAGUACUAUGAUGCUUCUGGCAAUAUCAAAGAUCUUGACAAUGACAAAAAGUUGGUGUUUGAGCAAAUCAUUCAAGGAAUGGCGGCCAGUAGCCUCAGGUGUAUUGCUUUCGCACAUUCAGAAGUAAUAAAAGAAGAUGAACAAGGAAGCCAAAAGGUAAUAGAAGAAGGCCUCACCCUCUUAGGAUUUGUUGGUAUUAAGGAUCCAUGUCGUCUAGGUGUCAAGAAAGCUGUGCAAGAUUGCCAACAAGCAGGAGUAAAUGUGAAGAUGAUAACUGGAGACAAUGUUUUCACAGCUAAGGCCAUAGCCACAGAAUGUGACAUCCUCAAGCCUAAUCAUGACACAGAAAAAGCAGUAAUUGAAGGUGAGGUAUUCCGAAACUUAUCUCCUAAAGAAAGACUAGAGAGAGUGGAAAAAAUUUGUGUGAUGGCACGAUCCUCCCCAUUUGACAAGCUCCUCAUGGUUCAAUGCCUCAAACAGAAAGGUCAUGUAGUUGCAGUCACAGGAGAUGGCACUAAUGAUGCUCCAGCAUUGAAAGAAGCUAAUAUAGGACUUUCUAUGGGGAUACAAGGUACUGAAGUUGCAAAAGAGAGCUCAGAUAUAGUUAUACUGGAUGAUAAUUUCGCCUCAAUUGCUACAGUUCUAAAGUGGGGAAGGUGCGUCUAUAACAACAUUCAAAAGUUCAUCCAGUUUCAACUAACAGUAAAUGUUGCAGCACUUACAAUUAACUGUGUGGCUGCAAUAUCAGCAGGAGAAGUGCCAUUAACAGCAGUUCAACUCUUGUGGGUGAACUUGAUAAUGGACACUUUGGGUGCUCUAGCUCUGGCAACAGAGAAGCCUACAAUGGAUUUAUUGGACAAACCUCCAGUAGGUAAAAUUGAGCCUCUCAUCACCAACAUAAUGUGGAGAAAUCUCUUAACCCAAGCUUUAUACCAAAUCACAAUUCUACUAACACUACAAUUCAAGGGUGAGGCUUUAUUUGGGGUGAGUUCAGAGGUAAAUGACACAUUGAUUUUCAACACAUUUGUGCUAUGCCAAGUGUUUAAUGAGUUUAAUGCAAGGAAGCUAGAGCAAAAGAAUGUUUUCAAGGGGAUUCACAGGAAUAAGUUGUUUAUAGGGAUUAUAGGGAUGACCAUUGUGCUUCAAGUAUUGAUGGUGGAAUUUUUGAAGAAAUUUGCAAACACUGAAAGGUUGAAUUGGGGUCAAUGGGGUGCUUGCAUUUUAAUGGCAGCUAUUUCUUGGCCUAUUGGUUGGGUUGUGAAGUUCAUUCCUGUCCUUGAGAGACCACUACUUAGUUUUCUUAACAUGAAGAGGCAAUGAACAAUUGCUUGUAGAUUGUUAUAUGAUAGUACUGUGUUGGGGUCUGAUCUCCUUUGUUUCACUUUUUGUGUUUUUAGAAUUUUUAACAUUUCCUUCAUGGUAAAGAAAAUGUUCUUUAUUUAGUUUUUAGCUAUAGUUUGGAUGAUUGUAAUUUAAUAAGUAGUUGGAAGUUAUUAAGCAGAUUCAUCUCUUGAUCAAUAAUAAACAGGUCCUGUUA